GCAUUGCCAUUCACAGUUCUACUCCAAAAUAGACACACACAAAACGUAGCACAAAAUUUGUCGUUUCUGAAAUAAUUCGUUUCUUUUUGUGUGUUUUUCCCUUAAAUUCUCAGUGUGCAAAAACAAACGCAAAAUAUUCAAACAAAAUCCAGAACGAUGGCAAAAGAACAGCCGCAGCUGAGGGGUGGUGGGAAAGUGACAAGUGCGACGGCGGCGGCAGUGGUGCCAGAAAAUGAGCGGAAAGACCAGCGGGCACGGCUGAUCAAGGCGCUCGGACGAUUCCGGCCAGACGAUGCGAGUCCGCUGCAGUUCUACAAUUGUGUGCGGGAGGUGUGCAUCAUGCACAAUUGCAGCAUCGAUGAGGGCCUCGUACGGGCGGCCAUACACUGGCCCAAACUUAGCAUUAGACAGCGAAAGCUCUACGAUUCGCAACGACAUGCAGAGCUGCCCAUUCCAGUGCCGCGUCACCUCAUCUAUCGUGCCUUUGAGAAGGAGCGACACGGUCUAUGGACAUUGGGCCGCUGCUCGGCGGCCACCAAUGGCCAGACAAUGUACACGGUGGAGGCAUACAAGCCGACGCCCAAGCCCACCAGGCUGAAGGCCCAACUGAACGCCAAGAGGCCCAAGUACGAUAAUAUCCGGAGUCUGUCGCCCAAGAGUGCCGCCACCCAAAGUCUGCCAUCGCAAAGUGUUCGAGUGUCGCCGGCAUCUGGUCGCAGGAUACGGACGCUGAUGCCGCCGCCGAUCCAAAGAUCAACGGCAUCCUUGCGUCGCAUCUUGUCGGCGGUUAGCAUUCCGCCGAAGAAGCUGAGAAAACGCAGACGCUUGAAGAAAAGGACACGCAAAAGUGGCAGCCCCAAUAACCAAGAACCCAAGUCAAGUGCAUCCAGUUCGGGCACAGGAUCCCACUCUGGGAGUGGCAGUGGUAGUGGUAGUGGCAGUGGCAACGGCAGCAUUGCCACCAACAUCACUGGCAAAUCCUCAAUCAAGCAGAAGAAGAGUCUCAAGCCAAGGAAGAGUGCCAAAAAAUCGAUCAAAAGCGAUCGAAAGUCAAGUGUGAAAACCAAUUGGCAUCUAGCCAUCGGUGGCGUUCGACAGAAUCUGACAAAGUAACCCCUUUACCCCCCACAUACGAUGGCUUGGUGGCUCCCGUCUGUGGUGGUUGUUCCUCUUCUUAAAUGUUUUAACUUGUUUUAACAUGCAUGCAUGUAUUCCUUUUCCAAAUUGAUUGCACAAUGAAAGAAAGUAAAUUUCACUAGAAGCAUUA